AUAAUAAUUAUAUCAAUUACUAUUUUUUUUUUUUUUUUAUCUAAUUUAAUAAUAAUAAUAUCUAUAAUUUUAUCAAAAAAAUCAUUUAUAGACCGAGAAAAAUGUUCACCAUUUGAAUGUGGGUUUGAUCCAAAAUCAAUAUCACGAAUUCCUUUUUCAUUACAUUUUUUCUUAAUUACAAUUAUUUUUUUAAUUUUUGAUGUAGAAAUUGCACUAAUUUUUCCAAUUAUUACAUUAUUUAAAAUAGUAAAUAUAUUAACCUGAAUUAAAACAAGAUUUUUCUUUAUUAUUAUUUUACUAAUUGGACUAUAUCAUGAAUGAAAUCAAAAUAUAUUAAAUUGAACAAAUUAA